AUGUUUCAGCUGUCAGUGAGUAACCUUGGUAUGCAAGCUGGUGAUUUCACCGACAAGGUUGCUGUUGUUGUAGAUUGCCUGUGGGAGUGCCUAGUAUAUGGUAGAUAUUCAGAAAUCGAGCCACAGCUACUGGGUCUGCCCGAAGUACUUUUUUCAACAAGAGCAUGCCGUCAGGCCUGUUUAUUUUCAUCAAAAGGGUCGACUUUAUGUAGCCUUUCAAACUUGCGACAGAGCCUUUUUGGCUGUGCAGUCACCAUCAAACCACGGAAUAAGAGGGACCGCUCGAUGACUGACAGAGUGCAAUGGGCCAGGGGCGUCUACAGAAGGGGGAGGAAGAGGCAAUUGCCUCCAUUUUAA